UAAUAAGAUUUGAGUGACAUGGAGCACAGGUGAUUUCGGCAUAUGUGACUCAUGAACACGGGGUGUUGUAGGGAGCGGGUCAGUUGUUGGGUGAGGUCAGUGAGGAGCUGGGGUGGAGGAGGUGCUAGACUGAUACAUUCUGACACCAGACCUUCCUUCUUCACUUAUAAAUGCUGCUCAGUGAGGGAGAGAUACUAGAAGAGCCAGGAUUCCAGUGCAGCACUGCUAGUAGGGACAGCUUUCAGCUCCAGCACCCAGGACAGCUCCAGUCCCAGCUUCAGCACAAAGGACAGGUUCAAGCUCAGCUUCAGCACCAUAGACAGGUCUAGGUCUUAGUUUGCAACAUCCCGGACACCACUAUAGAAAAGCCAUGGAAGGAGCAUUGAUCUUCUGGAGAUACCGAACCCUCUUCUCCUUCAUUCUCUGCACCCUGAUCCUCUUCAAAGUCCAUUCCCAGGCAGCCCCAUCCCAGCAGCACCAGGACACAGCUCCUCUCUCCAAAGUAUACACCAGGGGCAGCCACUGGGCUGUAGGCCACUUAAUGGGUAAAAAGAGUAUAGAGGAAUAUCCUUAUAUGUAUGAUGGCGGAGACAGGACCUCAGCCGCUGGGUAUAUGGAUGGAGAUAAGUCCGUGGAAGGCUCUCAGCAUUGGAAAGAUGCCCUCCUUAAUUUAUUGAAGAUGCUGGAGGCCAGUGAUGUCAGAAAUUCCCAGUCCAUGAGAGACACAAGGUUAUAUAACAGGAAAUUCUGGGACUCCGAGGACUCUAACAACAACAACUAUAAAGAGGUGUUGGAUUACCUCUACCAGAUGAUGAAGGAGAACGCACAGAGCUGAGAAACCCAAAGGGAGGAGCAGUGUGUACCGCCGAGGAGAUUUGUGCCACAUUUGAUUGUACCAGAUGCCUGAUAUAUGAUUUCCGUCAAUGAUACUUUGUUUACAUGGUGCAUUUCCUAGUGAUAAUCUUAUCGACCCCAUGUAUCCAGAGCACGGACUUACUCGCCUGAUCUGUAAAUACCGGUCUAGGAAGGGUCUUCCUGUGACAUCAUUAUAUUUUAGCACCGCUGACAAAUUCAUCUCUUUAGUUUGUAGACACAGAAUAUUUUGAUGUUCACAAUAAAAAAACUUCA